AUGGGUGAGACGGAGGAUGAACGAAGUUCUCAGGCCGACCAGCUCUUCGAGAACUUUGUGCAGGCCUCCACUUGCAAAGGCACUUUGCAGGCCUUCAGUAUCCUGUGCAGGCAGCUGGACCUGGACCCAACCGAUCACAGGGGCUUCUACAGCAGUCUGAAGGCUGCUGUCAACUCAUGGAAGACCAAGACACUCUGGAACAAGCUGGACAAGAGAGCUAGUCAUAAGGAGUAUGAGAAUGGCAAAGCCUGCAGGGAGACCAAGUGUUUGAUCAUUGGUGGAGGCCCGUGUGGGCUGAGGACAGCCAUAGAGCUGGCUCUCCUGGGUGCAAAGGUGGUGGUGGUCGAGAAAAGGGAUACCUUCUCCCGAAAUAAUGUGCUGCACCUCUGGCCCUACACUAUCCAUGACCUCAAAGCACUGGGUGCCAAGAAAUUCUAUGGAAAGUUCUGCGCUGGAUCCAUAGACCACAUCAGUAUUCGUCAGCUCCAGCUUAUGCUGCUGAAGAUCAGUCUCAUUGUGGGUGUGGAAGUGCACGUCAACGUCGAAUUUGUCAAGCUUCUGGAGCCCCCCAGUGACCAGGAAAAUGAAGGGCCUGGGUGGAGGGCAGAGAUCCGUCCAGUGGAUCACCCUGUCUCAGACUUUGACUUCGAUGCGAUAAUCGGAGCAGAUGGACGCAGGAACACACUGGACGGUUUCGGACGGAAAGAGUUCCGCGGAAAGCUAGCCAUUGCCAUCACAGCGAACUUUGUUAACCGAAACACCACAGCUGAAGCCAAGGUGGAGGAAAUCAGUGGAGUGGCCUUUAUCUUCAAUCAGAAGUUCUUCCUGGACCUGAAGGAGGAGACAGGCAUUGAUCUGGAGAACAUUGUGUACUACAAGGACAACACUCACUACUUUGUCAUGACAGCGAAGAAACAGAGUCUGCUGGACAAGGGAGUGAUCAUCCAUGAUUACAUAGAGACAGAGAGGCUCUUGCACAGUGACAAUGUGAAUCAGGAGGCUUUGCUCUCCUAUGCCCGUGAAGCUGCCGAUUUUGGUACCAACUACCAGCUGCCCUCACUGGACUACGCCAUCAACCAUUACGGCCAGCCUGACGUGGCCAUGUUUGACUUCACAUGCAUGUACGCGUCAGAGAACGCAGCGCUGAUCAGGGAUAAGAACGGGCACCAGCUGCUUGUAGCGCUAGUGGGAGACAGUCUUCUAGAGCCGUUCUGGCCCAUGGGGACAGGUUGUGCCCGAGGUUUUCUCGCUGCCUUCGACACGGCCUGGAUGGUACGGGGCUGGGCUCAGGGCAAGUCUCCACUGGAGGUGCUCUCAGAACGGGAGAGCAUUUACCGGCUCCUUCCUCAAACUAUGCCCGAAAACAUCAGCAAGAACUUCGAGCAGUACACCAUUGACCCAGCCACGCGGUACCCCAACCUAAACUCCAGCUGUGUGCGUCCCAACCAGGUACGGCAUCUGUACAUAAAUGGGGAGCAGGACUCUUGUGUGGAGCACAGUGGGCAGGCACGCAGGUCUGUCAAUCUCUCCAGACGAGAGUCGGAGGUACGGCCUAGUCGGCUGUUGCUAUGGUGUCAGAAGCAGACUCAGGGCUACAGGGGCGUGGACGUGACUAACCUCACCUCCUCAUGGAAGAACGGACUGGCCCUUUGUGCCCUCAUUCACCGUCAGAGGCCUGACCUCAUUGACUUUGACUCCCUGAAUGAGGCGGACUCGGCAAAAAACAACCAGCUGGCAUUUGAUGUUGCUGAGCGGGAGUUUGGCAUUCAGCCUGUGACCACAGGGCAAGAGAUGGCCUUGAUGCCAGAGCCAGACAAACUCCUUAUGGUUCUCUACCUCUCCAAAUUCUACGAGGCAUUCCACAACCCCUCCCAGCUCAUCACGGGCACUCAGAGAGAAACAGAUGAGAACAAUGAAGACUAUUCAUCAAAGACUGGAACCUCUGUUAACCACUUCACAAACCAAACACAGCCAAGAAAAAGGAUUCCAAAGAACGAUAAGAAAGUAGAGGACAGUGAAUCCAUGAACAGAAAAAGAAGAAAAGGUGGUCACUAUCUGGAGGAGAUGGUGGCCAGUCAGAGUGCUUCAUCUAUGGGCGAGGGCGGAGAGCUAAAGGAGAACAAGGUACGCUCCAUGGCAACCCAGCUGCUGGCCAAGUUUGAGGAGAAUGCACCGAGCUGUGCUCUACGCAGACAGACUGUGUCAGAUGAAAAUCUGUCAGUACACACCUCUCUGGACAUGACUGAGAAUCCUCGCUUUGCUAAACCUAAGGACCAACCUAUUUGCCCUCUCAUCCCACCCAAACCUAAAUGGCAGCCAUCGCCUUAUCUGAGACUGCUUGAGUCAAGAUCUCAUACCAAGAACUCCACUGACCGGCAUUCAGAGACAAUGUCCGAGUACACGCAAGGUUAUGAGGCCACGCCCACUUUCACUGACCUAUCAGGGCCCCCGCCCAGUUUUACUCAUCUGACUGAGGCCCCGCCCAGUUUUGCUGAUCUUUCUGAGGCCCCGCCCACCUUUGCUGAUCUCUCUGAGGCCCUACCCAGUUUUGCUGAACGCUCUGAAAGCCCACUCAGUUUUCCAUCACACAGUGAAACUGUGCCCAACCAUUUACGCACUCUCAACAAAGCUCAAGCAUCUCCUCCCGUCCAAACACCUCAUCACAAAGAGGCCACGCCCACAACAGAUCUCUCUGACCCUCUGACCUCACCGGCAGUGGUUGGAAUGUUCCAGCGCAUGCAGCGGCUGGAGGACCAGAUCAGCCAGAGGAAAGCACAGACAAUAAGCACUAGAGAUUUCACCAAAAAGAGUAUAAAAGAGAAAGCUCUGCAUCUCUGCUCUCUCUUCUCUGGCCAUCAGACCGCUCCACCUCAGGAACAUGGAACCUGUCCCACUGCUCAGACUUCUACUCCUAAAAGCCCUUCCUCUGUCCUCUCUCUCCCAACAUCCUCUGCUCUGUCCUGCCUGCUCUCUCCCAUGCCUCCUGUUACGCAGAAACAGUGCAGCGUCAGUUCUGAGCCCUGUGAGAAGGUGCACAGGCGAAUAGAUCAGCCUGAGCCCAGGCCCAAUCAAGUUGAGUACCUAAGCAAAUCCAAACAGAGGACAGUGGGUAGGGUUUCCUCAGUCAUAGGGGCUAAAGCUGAGACCCUAGCCAUUCUCUAUGAGACCGAUCACAGGCCCAAUGCUCCCUGUUCUCUCUCACCGGUUAACCCUCAGAGGGAGUUCCCUCAGAACCUGGGCGGCAGCGACACUUGUCAUUUCUGUAAGAAGCGUGUGUACGUGAUGGAGCGGCUGAGCGCGGAGGGACACUUUUUCCACAGAGAGUGUUUCCGCUGUGACUUCUGUAACUGUACCCUGAGGCUCGGGGUUCACGCCUACGACUCCACCCAAGGGAAGUUUUAUUGCAAGCUGCACUUUUCUCAACGUAAAACCAACUUCAAGAAGAGGAAAGAGGAGGUCCUCGGAGGUGGCGUAUGCACGACUGACGGAGGCGGUGGUUUCCCGCCCAGCGGCAUCCUUCCGAAUCAGUCUUCAGGUACCCUGAGUUCCCUCCUUAGGAAAAGCCUGCACUGGCCGCUGCACGUGGGCCACGCCCUGUUCGGCAUGCCCCGCCGGCUAAGCCGCUGGAUGCACGGGGCGGCCAUAGCGGCGGGGAGCCACCUCAGGGGGCGACGGGAGGAUUACGCCUUCCUGUACGAGCUCCUGAGCUUGGGCUUCCCCCUGCUCUGUGCUCUGCAGGAGGUACUGGGCCAAAUGAGUCUGGAGGAAACUCCGCUCUCCCAACCAAUCACCUUUCAGAGAUCUCAGUAUGAGGCUGGAGAUCGUGAGGGUGAUGGCGACGGAAGCAGUUUGGUGUCAGACAUGCCAGAGGAGAUGGAGCUCUCUGACUCUACUGAGGUUAUUAGCAUGAGUGCUGUUAAAGAUGAUGGAAAAGAGCCACUGGGUCCCAGUUCUUCACACCAGCACAAAGCGGAGCGUGUCAAUGCCAAAGGAGCGCCGUCCAGCCGAAGCAGCUACUGGAGGAGGAAAAUUCGAGCCACGCUGCCCUUGAUUCUACUGAGGUCUUUGGACCACGGCAGAGCAGCAGAUAAAGAUCACACAGGCAUAGAAGAGGAGGAAGACUCAGAUUUUGAAGAGAUUCAAAGACCUUCAAAAGAGGAGGAGGAGGAGCAGUCACCCCAGGCCGAACUCCCCCAAUAUCGCUCCCACCUCGGUCUAAAGACCCCCAAACUCAACACACCCUCCCCAAAACAGCCACCUGACAUCACUGUCACCUCCCUGGACAAACACAGCUCCUCUAGUCCCAAGAAAAAACUCAGCCUCUCCGCUUUUCAGAAGGAAAACCUGCUAAACUGGGAAGUGCCUUCGCUGGACCAGGUUUCACUGAAGGGAGCUGCAACAGAGGGAAGAGAUGAAGUAGGAAACAGCCAAACUGAGGACCUUCAAACCAAGCAACCUCCACUACCUCAACCCCAGCCAGAGCAGGAACCACACCCCUACCAGCCUGAACCAAGCCACUUUCUGUCGGGCCUCCAGCUGUUGUCCAGCGCCCUCCGGAGAUCCAUCUCCCGCAAGUCAGGCUCCAACACGGCCGUGCUUAAGAGGAACGUGGUCCCUAAACCCAGGCCGUACUCUGAAGGUUCCUUCAACUAUAGUUUCAUGCCUGGAUCAUCCACCCAGAACAGACAGGAUUCUGCUGCCCCUGCUGUAGAGGUUGCUAAGAGCGCAGGUGCGGAGGCCACCUCAAGGGGCAGCCAAUCAGAACUGAGGAGCGGCAGCGAGAUCACCGCCCUCCUUGAGCAGGUGGCCCUGGACAGUAACAAGACCAGGACCUCCAAAGAUGACCUGGCCUCGCUGCCAACCAGAAAACUCAACUUCUUCUCCUCCUUGAGGUUGCAGAGGACGGAAGGAGCCAGGAGCGGAGGUGCGGAGAACAAGGAGAGGGACAUCUGGUCCAUCCUUUCCAAAUUCAGGAACAAAGCAUCCACACAGCAUCAGCAACAACAAGAGGAGGAGGUGGACAGCACUUCCAGCGAGGAGGACGAACGAGAGCCCACCAAGUCUCAGAACGGCUCGCCAGAGAGACAGCAGAGGAAACAGGAGAAGCUGCUCAUUCAGCAGACCAAGAGAGAGCAGCUUCGCAGACUCCACAGAGCUCAGAUCAUCCAAAGGCAGCUGGAGGAAGUGGAGGAGAAACACAGAGAGUUGGAGGAGAAGGGUGUGGCCCUGGAGAAGGUCCUAAGGGGAGAGACGGACGACGACUCAGAGGACGAAGCCCAGCUCUUACAAAACUGGUUCAAACUGGUUCUGGAAAAGAACAAACUGUCCCGAUACGAGAGAGAGCUCAUGAUCUUUGCUGAGGAACUCGAACUGGAGGAUACUCAAAGUCAGCUACAGCAGGAAUUACGGCGCAGGAUGGCCAUAGAUGAGAGGAGCAAGAGCUCGGCGGAGCAGAUGGAGGAGCAGAAGCUCCUGGUGGAGAUCAUGAAGGUGGUAGAGAAAAGAGACUACCUGGUGAGUCAGCUGGAGGAGCAGAGGCUCCAGGAGAGAGCAGAGGACCGUGAUCUCGAGAGCUUGGUUCUGUCCAAAGGCUACCAGUUCCACUGGACCUGA